AUGGCUAAUAUGGCGAAAACGAUGGCCGAUCUUCAAGAUCUUAGCCGUAUGGAAGACACUGCGUCAUUAGAACGUACGAAAGCUUUGGAUAUGGAAUCUGGUCAAAUCUCAGAAGCUGUUUACUGGUCAUGUGAUCAAGUAGCAGACUAUAUUGAAAUGCUUGGCUUUCCUCAAUAUCGAGAAUGCUUUCUACGAAAUAAAGUAGAUGGACGACGAUUGAUUUUAUGUAAUGCUUCGCGUUUGAAUGCUCUCGGCAUCACAGAUUUCAAACAUAUCAUUUUCGUAGCAAAAAGUAUUCGAGAAUUGCUACAUAUUGAAGAGCCGUAUUGGAAUCGAAGUGUCUCAUUGCCUUAUAUGGAAUCCAUUGGUCGCUAUCUUGAGCAACGUAGUAUUAUCGGCCGCCGCGCAGAUGAAUUAGACUAUGAAACAUUUACGAAUGAAACUCGUGACACUAAAUUUCAACCGAUUUUAACUAAUCAAGGCAUUCUUAAUUGGAACUAA